ACUAAUUUCAUUAACGCUUGAUAGUAAUUUGUGUAUUGUAUGGCCGUAGAAAAGAUGGAAUUACUGUUGGAUUAAAUGCCAUACUGUCUUAAGGACAGUGUUGUUUUAAAAAAGAGACAGUGUUUAAACUAGCUAGAAAUGAUUAUUCUGUGAGAUACUUUGGUAUUUAAAAUGUUUUACACUGAGUAGGUUGAGAAAUGUCACCGAUUUUUCAGAUCAACAUGACGUAAAGUCAACUGAACAUUUUUGUUAUUGAUUGAAAAUGAAUAACUUAGAUCAUAAUGAAUAUUAACAAUUUAAAGUUAUACAUUAAUUGAACUUCUUGAAGAAGAACUGUUGUUUACUUCAUUGUUUUUUGUUGUUUUGCUCAUUUUUAAUCAGAUAGUGUACAUUUUAAGGUCAAUAUUGUAUUUUGAUCUUUCAAGAUGAGGACAUCUUUAAAAAGUAGAAGAAAAUUGUAUUGUUUCUCUUUAGGUUUGUUUGCCUGAAAUAUACCAGGUGACUUACCUUUCUUUUCAGACUUGUUAAGUUUAUAACUUUAAAGAAUGAGCAAGCAUUCUACAGCCACCCCACCAUCAUUAAAUGGAGAUGUUCAUAAAGAGAAGAGAGACGAUAUGGGUGAUUCACCCAAAUUACAUCAUCGCGGCCACAAAUCUAAAGGGAAGCGUACAUCAGUAGAAAUGGGUCAGAAGUCCAGCCAUCGACAAAACACAACUCACAGACCAGAAAGAUUAUCACAAUCACCAGAAAGUAGUGUUAUUCGAGCUAAUAUUGCAAAUUCUAGGUUUAAGAUUUCCAAAGUUUCUAGUGGGCGUGAUAAAAAAAGCAUAACUGAAACUGCUCCUGUUAAGGUUGAAAGUAAGGAGAAAUUGUCAGGGAAGAAAAACUCAUAUGUUUUACCUAGUCGAAUUCCAGUUGGUUCCACAGGACCAGAGAAGAAUGAUCGUGCAAUAGAAAUAACUAAAAGAAUAAGGUCCUACAGUCUUCCAGCAGAAACUUUAGAAGAAGAUUCUGAUCAAGCAGAGACUGGCAAAUUAGAGAAUAAUCUUAAAGAAAUGAAGAAAGACAGUAAUUCUUGGACCAAAGUUAUGGCCAAGGAAGCUGAUGAAAAACAAACAGAUUUGAAUUCUAUAAAUUCUGGUCAGCUUGAGAACAGUGUUUCUAAUGACCAAAAACCUAAAAAAUGUGAUAUUAAGUCAGAUUCAAGUAAGGAGAGAUCCGACAUUAAAGCCAAAAAUAAAUUGAAAAAGUCUGUAACUAUUGAUGACACCACCACUAUAGUAGAAAUUGGUGAUAUUGAUUCAGCUAUCAUUGGAUCAGUGUCUGAAAUUAAGUUGAUUAAAUCAGAUAUUGAUCAAAGCAGCAGAAACACAACAGAUUCUAAAUCAGAUUCUGGAAUUGGGACAUCACAGAGGUUAGAAAAUGAAAACAAAAAGGAACUUACUGAUAGCCCUUUAAAAAAUGAUGCUCCUAAAGAAGAGAAGAAAAGAGAUGACAAAUCACCUGUUGAAAAGAAAGAUGGUGAAAUAAGUGAAAAGAAAGAUGAAGUAGAAGAGAAAGCAGUUGCCCAAUCAGAAAAUGGAAGAUUCUUCAAGUUUGAUAUUGAAAUUGGAAGGGGAUCUUUCAAAACUGUGUACAAGGGUCUGGACACAGACACUGGUGUUGCUGUUGCUUGGUGUGAACUACAGGAAAAAUUGGAAUUCUCAUCAGACAAGAAAUGGAAUAAAAGUGAGAGGCAGCGGUUCCGAGAAGAAGCUGAAAUGUUGAAAGAGCUACAACACCCUAACAUUGUCAGAUUUUAUGACUCAUUUGAGCAAUUAAAUACCAGGGGUCGUAAAGUGAUCAUCUUAGUUACUGAACUCAUGACAUCUGGAACUUUAAAAACGUAUAUUAAAAGGUUCAAGAAGAUAAACAUGAAAGUGUUGAAGAACUGGUGCCGUCAGAUAUUGAAAGGCUUAAUGUAUCUUCAUACACGAACCCCACCUGUGAUACAUCGAGACUUGAAGUGUGACAAUAUUUUCAUCACAGGCACUACAGGCUCUGUGAAGAUUGGUGACCUUGGCUUAGCAACACUGAAGAAUAAGUCAUUUGCAAAGAGUGUCAUUGGUACUCCGGAGUUCAUGGCGCCAGAAAUGUACGAGGAGCACUAUGACGAGUCUGUGGAUGUGUAUGCAUUCGGCAUGUGCAUGCUGGAAAUGGCCACCUCAGAAUACCCAUAUAAGGAAUGUACAAACGCCGCUCAGAUUUACAAAAAAGUCACCAGCGGCGUAUUACCAGAAGCAUUUGCCAAGGUAGAUAAUCCUGAAAUCAAGGAGAUAAUAGAGGGUUGUAUACGAAACAAAAAAGGACAAAGAUAUGUAGUAAAAGAGUUACUUCAGAAUGACUUCUUCUUGGAGGAUACUGGUCUGAAGGUAGAACUUGUUGGUACUGAGGGUGAGGAACAAACAAAUACCAUACAACUGAGGCUCCGGGUAGUUGAUCCAAAGAAAAGAAAAGACAAGCACAAAGAAAAUGAGGCUAUCCAGUUUGACUUUGACAUGGACAAUGAUGCCUCAGAAAAUGUUGCUCAAGAAAUGGUAAAGUCUGGAUUUCUACAAGAAGAAGAUGUGCGUAUUGUUAACAAACAGAUCAAAGACAGAAUCACCCAGGUAAAGAGGGAGCGAGAACGUAAAGCUGCUGAGAGCCAGACAAAGUUGCCAGAAGGUGAGGGUAUGACAGUAAGUUCAAGUGUCAGUGACAACUCACAAAGUACAACAAACUAUAACCAACAAGGGGGCCAACAGGAACAAUCUAGAGAUCCAUCACAGUCCGCUUCUAGUGUACAACAACAACAACAACAGCAACAACAACAAAUGGGUGUAAAUCAGCAGUCACAGUCCUCGCAACAAUCUUAUCAAGGAAAGCAGCCAUCACAACAAAUUUAUAAUCAACAUCAGUCUUCUGGUAGUCAGCAACAACAACAACAGACUGGUCAGAUGUUUAAUCAGCAUCAAUCAGGAGGACCACAACAACAGAUGUACCCCCAGCAUCAGUCUAUAGGACAACAACAACAGCAGUCUACACAAAUGUAUAACAAUCAGCAACCUGUUGGUAAUCAAAGCCAGUCACCACAAGUUUAUGGCCAACAGCAGCAAUCGUCCAGCUCUCAACCACAGAUGGUGUAUCCUCAACAAACUGGCAACUAUCAGCAAUAUCAGCAACAAGUGUAUCCCACUCAACAAGGUGGCCAGCAACAAGAAUUUCAGGUAGGGCAACAACAAGGAGGGUAUACUGGCCAGCAGUCAGCUGGGUACCAGCAGAACUACCCACAAACUUCACAAAGUCAGUCCUCUCAGCAAGGUGGACAGGGGUACCAGGGAAGUCAAGGACAGGGCUAUACACAGCAGCAACAACAACAACAGCAGCAGUCUCAGUCAGCUGUUGUCAAAGAUAAACAGAUAGAAGAUGUACAGAAACAUCAAGUGAUGAAUGAUGAACAAAAAAUUGAGUUGUCAGAAAUUGGCCAACAAACUGGAAAACAAGCUGAGCAGAUUGGUGUUGGGUCUGCAGCAGGAAGUAAUGCAGCAACACCAGAGGCCCUGCAACAAGUACAGGCACACUCUGACAAAAAAGCAUCCCCAAGCAAAUCUAAAAAAAUGUCUCGAAGCACCUCGGCACAAAGCAGGUUACACCAGAAGGCUGCUGGUUUAGGGCACCUUGACAUUACAUCAGCCCAGCAGUUACAACCUGGUGUACUAAGUGCACCGCCUAUGGGAAGUGAACAUGGGUCAAUGGUCAACAGUCAAUCUUUGACCCACUUGGACGAUCCUACAGCCAAUAGGGAAAGUGAAAGUGAGAGUACCAUUGGUCGCGGUGAGGAUAUCAAGAGGAGGAAAAGCCGGACAAAACGUAGAAAGACGGUGGACAGAUCACCUUGUCUGACUGUACUUAGUGUUGUAGACGAGGAGGUGGAAUGUCUCUUAGAACUACCCAAUAGAAAUGCUGUCACGUUCAAGUUUGAUCUGGAGGGAGAUAAGCCUGAUGAAAUCGCUGAAAGUCUUGUUGAACAUGAUUUACUGCACACAGUUCAGUCAAGGCCUGUGGUGAAGUUGUUGGAGAAGGCAAUAUCACUGGUGAAUGAGGACCCUAAAUCAGCUAUGUCUGUAACUUUAUCUAUGAUGGAGACACCAACUUCAAGUCCAACAUCACACAGAAAAGCAUUUGGCGGGCUAGACGGUGGAAAAGAUGCACCAAAGAAGUUGCAGUAUGACAGUGAUACAUCAGAGAAAAUUCAAUCUGGGGAGGAGUCUGAGCCAAAGAUUGCAAUAAAAACACGUCAUCCCAGUGGUGAAAACAGUCAAGAACCUGCACGAGUUGUUGAGAGCAAGAGGCGAAGUUUUAUUGUCAGUCGAGUUAUUGAGCAUAAUGUGAUAGCAGAUAAGAUACAGGAGGAUGAUUCCGAGAGUGUCCACAUGGAACCAGUUAUCUCCCCUGAAAACACACAGAGUUCAGUACCAUCAGGUGCCAGCACAUUCAUGCAUGGACAGUCUCUUCAAUCAGAUACUGACACUGGUGGUGUCUCAGACUCAGAUAGGUCUAUGAAGUCAUUGGGAAAGCCUAAAGUUCCUGUUAAUAUUAAUGACUUAAGUGAUAAGUUGGCUAAAUUGACAGGUGGAACAAUUAGUGGUGGUUUUGAGCUUGGAGCAUCUCAUUCUGUUGAUAGCCAUAGUCCUGUACCAUCAGAUGACAAUAUGAGCACUCAGCCAUACCAGCAGAGCUUGCAACCAGUGCAUCAGCCUACACAACAUCAGACAAGUGUUGAAGGACAAGAUCAGUCAGGCGGACAAAAACAAAUACAGCAGUCUCAGGCUGUAGAAAAAGUUCCUGCACAAGCACAACAACCACAGCCGAAUCAAGUUUCUGUCAACACACAGCCAUCUCAAAUGGGAGUUAGUCAACCAACCCAGCAAUCGUCUCAACCAGUUCUGCCACAGCAGUCUGCAACCCAUUUACCACAGGGACAAAAUUCAAGUCAGUCUAGCCAAAUUCCACAAGGGCAUUUGUCUGGACAGCAGCAGGGCCAAAUCCCACAAGGGCAUCCACCAGGCCAGCAGCAGGGCCAAAUCCCACAAGGGCAUCCACCAGGCCAGCAGCAGGGCCAAAUACCACAAGGAAUUCCUUCAGGCCAGCAGCCAGGUCAAAUUCCACAAGGAAUUCCUUCAGGCCAGCAGUCAGGUCAAAUUCCACAAGGAGUUCCUUCAGGCCAGCAGUCCGGUCAAAUUCCACAAGGAGUUCCUUCAGGCCAGCAGCCAGGUCAAAUUCCACAAGGGCAACAAUCAGGCCAACAGCAAACGCAAAUUCCACAAGGUAUUCCUUCGGGCCAACAACAAACUCAAAUUCCACAAGUAAUUCCUUCGGGCCAACAGCAAGCUCAGAUUCCACAAGGCAUUCCUUCGGGUCAACAACAAAGUCAAAUUCCACAAGGAAUUACAUCAGGCCAGCAAGGUCAGCUGCCUCAAGGACAGCAAUCUAACAAACCUGGUCAAAUGCCACAAGGGCAUCCACAAGGUCAACAAGGGUCUGUUCAGCCACAGGUACACCAACAGAUGCAAGGAGUAGCCCAUGCACAUGGGCAGCCACAGUCUCAGCAACAGGGACAUACAAUGUCAGGGCAUUCACAGGGAACGCAAGAUAUCCAAAACCCGAUGAUGCCUUCAGGUGUAUAUCCACCAGGUAUGUCCUAUGUUCCGGUUAUGCAACCAUUUGGAUUUCAGCAUCAGCAUGGACAAAGUUCACAUCAGAUGUAUCCAGAUCCAAUGCAUUACAUGAAUUUACAGUUUGGUAAUUACCCAAACCAGAUGGUUCCAUAUGUCAUGGUAAAUGUACAGCAACAACAUCAGAUUGCUCCAAUGCUGGUGCCAGCAAACAUGAUUAUGUCAAAUCAGAUGCAGUAUAUGAAUCCCCAGGCUACUUUCCAUACACAACAUGCUCAUCAGGAGAGCCAUGGUGGAGAAUCCCGCUCCGCGUCUCCUCCAGGCACGCCACCACACUCUCGUAAGCAGCAUAGUAUAGAUACACAGAGUGAGUCCGGGGCUCCUUUAUCUGAGGCACAGUCACCGGCAGCUCCAAGGAGUAACUACAGUUUGGCUAGUCUUGAACAAGAUCUUAUAAAGAAGCUCCAUGGAAACAGAAGAGAUAUUCCUCUUUCCUCGGGGGCUGUAUUGAGCGAGAGUUUCUCCCAAAGUGCAAGUGACCUAAGACUACAAGAUGAUAGACCAAUGUGGGCCCAGUCUUCUGAAAGUCUACACAGUGCUUACAGUGAACCUGUUGAUGCUCUUCUUUCAAAAGUAGAUGAUUUGAAAGGUUUUGAAAAUAGUGAACAAGCUGCAACUGAUACAAAAUCUGAAAAUGAAGAGAAAGUUGAAGCUAAGCCAGACAAGACUGUUACAAAAAAGCUUAGGUUUCAAGUUAGUCGUGUUGAAAAUGAUCCAUUAAUAGAGAGCUCUGGUAUUGAAGAGAAGCAAGAAGGUGAUCAAGAUAGUGUUAGUGAAGCAAAUGAACAAAAAGACACAAACAAAAGUGAUAAUGAAACAACGAAUUUAGCUAAUGACAUUUCUGAUAACAUUGGAAAUAAACCUUCUACAAAAUUGGGAAGAUUUUCUGUUACUAAAGUUUGUCCCAAAAAAGUGGAAGAUGCUGAUAACAAGAGAAAUGACGAAUGUGACGGAAUGGAUGACAGCGAGAUGUUGAUUGUGGAUGAAGAUAUGUCAGCUGGUGAUGUCCAUGAUACAAAUAUCUCUGUAAGUAGAUUGCAUGAUUUACCUUAUCGUAAAAAGAGUAUGUCCUUCUUUGAGGGUAAUGACUCGCCAGUGUUGUCUAAUAAUACUUGUGAUAGUUUUUACAACACCCAUAUGGACAGGUUCCAGAUAGUUAGUCGUCGCCGGACAAAAUCACUUGGGUCGCUCCCUCUGAGAGCUCGUUUCUCAUUGGGCAGUCAGUCAAUAUCCAAGCAGACUCAGUGCACACAGUAUGGAGAUGGUGAGACUCCAUCACCUUCCCCCUCGCCAGUUGAUCGGGACUAUCCCAAUGUAGUAUUUGACCUUGUGUCUAGUAGAGAUGACGAUGGUGACUCCACCUGUAGUAGUUCAGAAAGCAAAGAUGGACGGGAAUCUGGUAUUGAUUCUGAACCCAGGGAACCAUUUAUCCUCCGUCGUCCACCUUUGCAAAGACAGCGUAGGAAGGAAAGUGAUAGCCAGCAGCAGGAACUGUUGAAACUGUCACAAGAUCCAGAUUAUCAGAAAUUGCUUAUUAGACAAUCAAAUGAAAGAGAGAGUCUUCAGAAGCGCCAUCAAAUGGAACUGGAAGAUUUUUUUAGUGAGAAAGGCAUCAGUAUACCACACUCGCCACUUAUAACUACAGCAACCGGCAGUUUGUCUACUGCUCCAAUACUUAGUCCUCUUAACAUGAGCAGUAUUCCGAACCCACCACCUCUGCCAGCUUCAUUAAUGUCCAUUGCUGUCAGAGACAAUUUCCCUAUAUUCUCCAUGGCUCAAAGACGCCCAGCUUCCACCAAAGGUUCAACUGGAUCUUUCCAUGAAGAACUGUUUAAAUGUGUUGAAAAUUUUUCAGCACGUCAUCAAGGAACAUAUAAUGGUAACAUUUCACCCGCUGCCAAGUCGGAUGUAAUUAGUCGUAAAUCUGAUACUUCUUAUACGGAGACUGUAGACCACCGAAGCAGCAGUCCAAGAGUGUCGUACACGACAGUAGCAAGUGGCCAGAGUGCUGAUGUUUCCCAGACUGAUGCUCAAACCCCCAGACAACCACCAACUACGCCCCUUCUUCAAGAAAAUAUUAUUUCAAGUCCACAAUUCUCAUUAGUUCCUAACCAUGUGUACAAUUUGCAAUUUCCUGGAGCAAAUAUUUCACCGUUUGUUUCAAUGCCCUCUAGAUAUGCUGGGACUCAGUUUGUAGAAGCAGGUCUUCUACCUAUGUCAACUUCGUACACAUCAGUAGUACCAGUAGCAACGAUUGCCGAGUCAAGUGCGACUGAUUCUAUUUCCAGUACAUCUACAAAAAGCCAGUCUUGAAUGACCUAUUUCAAAUUUAGCAUAGUUAAAAAAAUAUGUAUAGCACUACAAGUCUUUCAUACUAGGUUAACUAGUAAUUCAAAGUAUUCAGACAGUAGAUGUAGAUGCAAACAAAAUGCAAGAGGAAUAUAUCAGACAGGAAUGAAAAAGUGAAAGUGCAGGAUGUUGUGCGAAUGAAAUUGAUCAAAUGAUCUUUUAUAAGAGAUUAUGUUUCGCCCUGGUGCUGUUUCACUGAAGAGCAUUCAAACAGUUUAGAUGUAGAGUAUUCCUGAAAGAAUUUGGUUUGACAGUGAAAUAUGAAAGUGAGAGAUAACUUUACAAAAGGAAGAAUGAUGAAUAUCUGUGAAGUGUGAUCCUAGAGUACACUGGUCUGAUACAAGAUCACUGUGAUCUUUGUUUAUUGAGAGUAUAAGUGAUUAUGUUAUAGAUAAGAUUGAUAAAUGAAGGAGUGGAAUAAAUAUUUACAGUUUAUAGAUAUAUAUAUAGGAUUAAGUGUGGUGUGAUAAUCUGAUUGCUACAUUAAAUACCUAUAUCUGAGUGCCAUUCUUGUAAAAAAAAUGAAUAUUACUUCACAAAUUUCUUUCUUCCUGUACAAGAUGCAUUGUGAUCCCAUAUAAACACUGCACCAAAGAUUACUCAAAAGAUCUUUCUACUUUACCAGUAGCACUGCUUGAAACUUUCCUUUUCUAUUAUAGAUAUAAACAUACCGUAGAGUAAAAUGCCAGGUCAAAACAUUCUUUACACAUUUCAUAGCAUUUGCAAUACAUUGGGCUGAAAUUAAAAUUCUGCUUAUUGUUUUAUAUUGGAUAUAAAUAGAUAUAUAUAUAUAUAUUUUAGUAAAUAGAUAUCUGAUGAAUUUGUUUUGAAAUUAAAUAAUUGGAAAUAAGUUUUUUUGUGAACUGAAUAAAUUCAAAAUAUUUUGUCAUAUUGACAUUCGAAUAUUGUUGAUUUUAACAUUAUAAGUUGUAAAUUUUAACAUUCUUGCUUGUAAAUUUCAACAAUCUUGAGGAUUAAGAUAUGGUGAAUUUCACAUGUUAGCACAAUCCGUGUGUAUUCUAUAGUGUCAAAGAAAUUUACUUUGUCAUUAAUACUUGUUUCCAAAUUGUUUGUAAUUUUUCUUUCCACCAGAAUGGCUUAAAAUAAGUCAAGAAAAUAAUUUGUCUUCCUCAUUAUUAGAUCAAAUUUUUUUUUUUGGUUAGUAAAAAUAGUUUAUGUACAUAUGUAUUUGGAAUAAUUUUAAACUAAAGAUGAUAUUACAGAACAUGUUACCGGUAUUACCCAGUAAUCCACAUUUGCAUCAACAACAAAAAGAUAUGUUAAAAGUUUAACCCUUAACCUGUAAGAAACGAAAGUGAUUAGCCCUUGCCAGUUGCCACCAGUAUAAAGACAGGUCUGAUUGUACAUCUGUGUAAUCUGACCAAGCUUUAUAGUCAUGGCAGCUCAAAUUUUGUAUUUCUUUCUUUGAAAUCCCAUGAAAAAUUUAAAUGGACUUCCAAUUUUAAAAGCUUGGCAAAUCCAUUAUACAUAUUCUGCAGGUUAUAGGUUAAUACAAGUAAUCAGUGGUUUUGAGCAAUACAGAGUGAUAUUUAAAACCACAGUGUCACUGUAAGAGUUGAAGAGAGCUUAUACAUAGUUAUUUAAAAAAAGACAACAACAUUAUUUUGAAACAGAUGUAAGAUACUUGUAUACUAGUAGUAUUAUAAAUGAGCCGCGUCACGACAAAACCAACAUAGUGCGUUUGCGACAAGCAUGGAUCCAGACCAGCCUCCGCAUCCGCGCAGUCUGAUCAGGAUCCAUGCUGUUCGCUAUCAGUUUCUCUACUUGAUAUAGAGUUGGUAAGCGAACAGCAUUGAUCCUGAUCAGACUGUGCGGAUGCGUAAGCUGGUCUGGAUCCAUGCUGGUCACAAAUGCACUAUGUUGGUUUUGUUGUGACGCGGCUCAAAUAUGUUAAAUAGUGUAUGAUAUUUUGCAAUGCUGCAUUGUAUUUUGAUUUUGAGCUGACAUAAGUGCUAUAUAUAGAUUAUUUUGGUCAAUGUUAAUUUGUAAGUUUUACAAAAAAAUCCUAUCUUUACAUGUUUCCUUAUUGAUUAGUAACAUAAUUUCUGUACAGAGAAUUACCUGUUCUUUUGUUGUUAUAUAUACAUAUUUGUAAAUUAUUUAUUAUCAGUAGAUUUUAUGUUGAAAGUAGAAAAGAGGAAAAAGAACAAAAAAGGAGGAAAGAGAAAAUAGAGCUUAACAUUUAGGCAGACAGGAUACCAUGUGAAUAAAGUACAUCAUCAUUUGGUGUUAUGGAUUUCUAAUUUUUGUGCACAGGGCUUAUUCACAGUAUUGCUUAUAGACAGCAUCAACGUUUUUCUUCAAUGGUGUGGCUUAUUUUUGUCAUUAGUCUUUAUGCAAUGCAUCACCCCAUGAUAUCUUUCUAGUAAGGGGUAUAAUAAUUGAUAAACUUUUCUUUUUUUAUAAACCCAACAAAAUCACAUGGGUUGUCUGACGGUAGACAUUUGAACAAUAUGAUAAGUUAUUACGUUAAAACUUGUCAAGAUCAUCUUUUUAUUGACUGGUAUAUUUGUAUAGGAUUUUGUAGUUUUUGCAGACAUCAAAUAUAGCAUUUAUUAUUAUCCAUUGUAUACUAAUUAAGGUUGCAGAAAUUUCCAUACAUUUUGAAUUUUAACAUCCAAGUCUGUAGAUAUUGAGAUACUGGAUACGAUUGUUUUAAGUUUAGUCUUUGACUUGUCCAAUUAAAAUGUUUCUCUACAAAGCUUAUUUAAUAACAUCAUAGAAAAGAAAUACUGUAUGCAAGAUGAUGAUUUUAAAGUUUUAUUAAGCUAUAAAUUAUUGAAAGAGGAGAGAGCUUUUGUAUGAAAGAAUUUAGAUUUAAAAGCAAGAUGCCUCCAAAUUUGUACUUAAUUUGAAUUAAUAAAAAAAAUAUGGGCUGAAUGGUAAAACAUAUUUCAUAUUUAUAUAGAAAUGAAGUAAUUUAAUUAAGCGCAAGUCUUUAUCAGCAGAAAAUUCAUUUAAAAAAUGUCUUUUUGUAUUCACUAUGUAAAAGAAACUGUAAAUUGUUUGUGCAACAUGUGGCACAUUGACUGUUUUAAAUAUAUGCAUUUCUUGAACAUUUAUAUAUCUAUCUUUGGAUUUUGGAAAAUUUUGUUUACAUGGACUGACCUGGAGGUAUGUUGCUUUUAAUAUCUUUAUGUACAGUCAGCUCUCUCUCUCUCUAGUAUAUUAUUGACAAAGAAAUGACAUGAUAUGGUAUUUAAGUAACUGUUGCAGCAAGUUUCACACCUGUUUGUGAUGUAAGUGUAAGUUGAAUGUUUACAUUGUCUUUUAAGUUAUUGUCUGGUUGGUGAACUUGAUAUAUUUUUUUGUCUUUUCUUCAUAAAUGACUACCAAAGAUGGAUGCAUAUUCUGAACGGACCUUAUAAAUGCUGUAUAUUCCUUUGUCCAAUAACAUUGCUCAAAGUGUGAUUUUUUUUCUCCAUUACCUCUCAGUGUGCAAUAUGUGAAAUGUUAAAACAGAACGAUAUGGAGAACGAAAAUCAUCAAAUUAUGGUGUUGGUUUUAUCUUGAUCCUUAUCCUAAUAAGAUUGUGAAAUAGACUUUUCAUUUGAACAUGAACUGUGCAAAUUCGAAGGAUUUCAUUAUCAAAAUGGUAGAAUAAAAAAAUUUAGUUACAAAGUCUUGACCUUCCUCUAGUCUUCUAUACAUUCAUGGGAUUUAGACAUUCUGUAUGUUUUAAUAAGAGGUCAGUGUAUCUUUUAAAAUUGUUAAAGUCAUGAAUAGUUGAUUUUUUUUUAAAGAAGUAAAUAAAAGAUUUUCUGUGGAAUGAUAAGCUAAAAACUCGUCUUUGAGAAUGGGUAAUUUGAAAAUUGGAACAAAAUUUAUUUAAAAAAGUAAAAAAAUAAGCUACUUAAGGAAGUUUAGUAUUAUUCAUAACUUUGUAGUAAAUGUUAUAUAGAUAUAUUUAGAUAUAUAUAAAUAUUGAUAGUACUUUAAUGAUAUCUUAAAGUCACAUGAGUGGAAUCUGUGCAAUGUUUUGUUAGCUACCAAAGAAACUGUGAUCAUAGUUCUUUGUUUUGCCUUAAUAAUACUGCUUGAUUUUUUUUUGUGUCAUGAAAAGAUUUGUAUGAAUGCCAAAUAGGAAAUUAUUGUAUAGAUGUAAACAACUCUGUUCUUUGAAAAAAUGUCAAGUUUCAGUCUUGCUUUAUAACAGUGUAUUGUCUUUAUUCCAAGCACAACCUUUUUCUGUGUGUUUUCAAUGUAUUUUCCAGCUUCAUUUUAUCAAAGAUAAAUUUACUCCUUACUGUAGGUCAAAAAGAUUGUCUAAACACCAUUUUUGAAAACUAAAUACCUACUAUAGAAACAUUGUUUUUUGUUUGAAGAGAAAAAUCUUUUGUUAAUUUAACUAUAUCAUAAGGCUUGUUAUAGACUGUUUGGUAAAUUUAGUUAUUGUAAGAAUUUUUAAUCUACAGUUGAUAAAUUAUGGAUAGUUUAGUGAAUAUUAUUUCAUGAAAAACAAUUUUUAGAUUUGAUGGUUCUGGUAACAAAUUUUAGGUUUUCAACAACAUUGAUAACAUUUUUUUUAUAUGUCCAUCCCUUACUUAGCUGGAACUGGAAGUGACCAGCCUUUGCCACCAGUAUAGAGCCACGUAUGUCUUCAAAAUUCCAACAGUCUGACCAGGCUCUAUACUGUUGGCUGAGUAACUUUAAAAUCAUGAUAUGGACAGUUCAAUAAAUUGAAGCCAGACAAUUCUAAUUUUCAAAUAUAUCAGGUUAAGGGUGAGGUCCAAUAAAACUUUAUUCUAUUCAUAAAUUGUCAACUGAACACAUUUGAGAAAAAAAUAGAAACUGCAAUAAAUGUUAUUUAUGUCUUUCAGACAAUGUAAUAUUAGUCUCCCGUCAAACCUUUUUCUCUGUUGAAAUGAAUUUAUUUGUCUGAAUAUUAUGUAUCACUGCAUUUUUUUCAUGGAUCAUCAUCUAAAUACUUGUAAAUUCAUUCCAAACUUGGUUCAAGCAUUCUGUAUGAAAGUAUAAAAGAGCAUGUGUUGGUUGCUUUACAAUUUAUAUUUUAAAACUGCCAAACUUGUCAAAGUUAAAAAUGUCUCUCUUUUUUUUCCCUUAAUUAAAAUGUGAUGAUUUUUUUGUUUAUUAAUGAAAAAUAUAUAAUAAAGUAUGGUUGGAGAUUAUUUAACUGGAAUAUCUGUUAAGAUUUAUAUUCUGAAUAAAGUAUAAAUAUGUCUUGAACAGUGCAGCAAACUUUCUGAUACAUAUAUUACAUGUAUAGAUAACUUAAUUCAGGCUUAUGAGAUGGCAGUUUAAUGUAGUUAUAAAGUUAUAUUCAGAUGGGGACAAAUUUUAGUUUAUUAUCUCAAUAAUCAUAACCAUAAUCAAAAGUGUAAUACAGUGUAAUACGUAGCAAAUAGCUUAUUAGUGUUUUCUUUGGCAUAAAUAGUGAAUAAGUCGGGAUGUCUUAAAGGAACUCCAUUGAGGUCCAAAAGUCUAAAAACGUAAAAUUUAUAUUUCUUACAUAGAUCAACUAAGGCACAUAAAAUAUAUGCAAAAGAUGUUUAAGAAAUAGACUCGGAAAUAAAUUAGAAAUUGUAUUAUUUUGCUGUUCUUAGCACAGUUGAGUGAAGUGUUGCAAUGCUUUCUUUUCAAUUUUUGGUAAUUUUUCACAAAUAUUUAUUCUGGAAAAAAGCAAAGAGCAAAUGACCUGAAAUUUAGCACACAUGUUAUGAGUGAAACCUACAUCAAACAAAACAUUUACUGGCAUCUUGAAAAUUGUUUUCCAGUCCCGUCAAAAAACCUCAUUUGAGUUCCUUUAUUAAAUAAUAUGAUGAAUUGUAAUACACUAUUAAAAGAUAUCCAAUUAUGUUUAACAAAGUUAUUAUAAACAAUAACAUAAUACAAACUCUGACAACAUUCCUUUUCUAUACUACAAACAUGUAACAGAAAAUAUCAUGGCAGUUUGGAAAGUGAUUUUAUAACAUCAAAAUGUUAAAUUAAAACUGUUUAGACAACUUUGACAAUAGUUAGAAUUAAAAGAAUUUCAAAAAUAAUUGUUAUAAGAUUUAAAAGAAAAGAGAGAAUUAGAAAUUCAUUUCUAAUCUUUGUUUAGACAGUGUAAAACUUCCAGCUUUAAGUGUAUUAAAAAUUCAUCUGAAUAGCUUGAUAUGCAAAGCAAUUUGUGUUAUAACAAUUAAGACAAUUAAGUUUUCACAAGUAUAAUUUACUGCUAUAUAGCUAUUUUCGUGUUAAUUUCUCCCAUUUUUCUUGACAAAAAUUUUCAUUUUGGUAUGCUUCUGAAAGAAGUUCAAAAGGCCAUUACAAUCAGCAUCUGUUCAGAAAAUAAUCUUAGUUAACAAAUUGAAAUGAAAAGUUCUUGUGUAUAAAUUGUAUUCUGUCUUUAGUCAAUAUAUGACAAAGUAGAACUAUUCAUUCAGUAACAAAAUGUGCAACUUGAUUUCAGUUCAAGAAGAGAAAUGAAUGUGUUUUGUUUUAGAUCUGUAUUAAACUUGUUUAAGUUUUGUUGCCAUUGUGAUAAUUUGCAUAUGAGAUUUGACAUUUGAUUGAUUUUUGUGUGUAUUUGCUUACAUUGCCUAUGUUUCUUGCAGUCUGUAAGCAGUCCACAUGACUAAAAUGACUGAACUUUAAAAAUAAAGAGCAUACUUUUAAAUAAAAAAAGGAGUGCCAGAAAAAACAAA